GAGCCGCAGCCAGGGCCGGGAUGGGAGUUCCGCUCGCUCCGAGUCGGGAAACCAGGGCUGUCGGCCGGUACUGGUUGUCUUUGUUGCCACUGCUGCUGCUCGUACGGCCUGCGGGGGCUCUGUUGGAGGGACUCUAUUGCGGCACUCAUGACUGCUACGAGGUGCUGGGGGUGAGCCGCACUGCUGGAAAGGCGGAGAUCGCGCGGGCCUACCGCCAGCUGGCCCGGCGCUAUCACCCUGACCGCUACCGGCCCGGUGACGAGGAACCCGGACGGACGCCGCAGAGCGCCGAGGAGGCCUUCCUGCUAGUGGCCACGGCUUACGAGACUCUCAAGGAUGAAGAUACACGAAGAGAUUAUGACUACCUGCUGGAUCACCCAGAGGAGUACUACCGCCAUUAUUACCACUACUACAGCAGGCGUUUAGCCCCGAGAGUGGAUGUUAGACUUGUAAUUUUAGUCAGUGUUUGUGCUAUUUCAGUGUUUCAGUUUUUCAGCUGGUGGAAUAGCUACAAUAAGACAAUCAGCUACCUAGCCACAGUGCCCAAAUACCGUAUUCAAGCUACAGAAAUCGCCAAGCAACAGGGCCUGCUAAAAAAAGCCAAAGAGAAAGGCAGAAACAGGAAGUCCAAAGAGGAGAUUCGUGAUGAGGAGGAGAACAUCAUAAAGAAUAUUAUAAAGAGUAAAAUCGAUAUAAAGGGAGGCUAUCAGAAACCCCACAUACGUGAUCUUCUCUUGUUUCAAAUUAUCUUGGCUCCUUUUCACCUGGGCUCAUAUAUAGUCUGGUACUGCUGGUGGAUAUAUAACUUUAACAUCAAAGGCAAAGAAUAUGGAGAGGAAGAGAGACUGUAUCUCAUACGUAAGUCUAUGAAAAUGUCCAAGUCUCAGUUUGACAGUUUAGAGGAUCAGCAGAAAGAAACUUUUCUUAAACGGGAGCUCUGGAUAAAGGAGAAUUAUGAGGUCUACAAACAAGAACAGGAAGAAGAACUAAAGAAAAAAUUGGCAAAUGACCCUAGAUGGAAGAGAUACAGGAGGUGGAUGAAGAAUGAAGGUCCUGGACGGUUGACAUUUGUGGAUGACUGAAAACACUGGACUGCUACUAUGCCAAACCAUAAUUGUGAUAGUAUUUUCAUAACUGAAUUAUUUUAGAAAUGUAUCUGUUGUUCCUCAGCAGUAACUAAAACUCCAAGUAUUUGAUUAAACAGAAUAAUGUAGAAAUUUAAACUUUUUCUUAAAACUUUAUACAUAAAACAUUUAUGAUUGUUCAAUUUUUAUAAGCUAUUUGUGGGUUUUGUUAAAAGAUUUGACAUGAAGAUUUAUUCAUUGCCAUUUAAAAUUUUAUAUGUUUAGUUAAAAGAGUUGACAUGGAAAUUUAUUAGAUACUAUUUAAAAUUUUA